AUGCCAGGUUCUCAUAACGAUAUCAACGUCCUUCACCGGUCUCCACUAUUCGACAACCUAGCAGAAGGUAAAGCUCCAAAGGUGCACUAUAGCAUUAAUGGCCAUGACUACAAGAUGGGGUAUUUGCUCGCCGAUGAUAUUUACCCCUCAUGGGCCACUUUAGUGAAGUCUAUCUCUUCUCCUAUGGGGAAUAAGCAGAAAUAUUUUGCAACAACACAAGAAGCAGCGAGGAAGGAUAUUGAAAGGUUUUUUGGGGUGUUUCAAUCUAAGUUUGCCAUUAUUCGUCAGCCAGGUCGCAUUUGGGAUAGGGAGACACUUGUAUUGAUCGUGAGGGCUUGUGUUAUCAUGCACAAUAUGAUUGUUAAAGAUGAAAGAGUUGUCGACCCUGAUGAGCGGUUCUCGGAUGUUUGUGAAAAUGUGCAACCUUCUCAUGGGAAGCCUACUCGCACACUAGCUGAAUUUAUUGAAGCCCAUAAUAAAAAGAUCAAAGACAAGCCAACAUACUUCCAGUUGAAAGAAGACCUCAUCGAGCACCUAUGA